AAGACAAGAAAAUAUAUGGAGUGCGUUGCGGUGUGUGGCAGCAGCGUGUACACCGUAACGGCAGCUGGGCGGCAGUUACCAGGCGGCCGCCGUAGUGGUUGGACGUGUAUCGUGUGGCGUGCUGCACUCCUCUCUCCCAAGACCCUCACCAUCAUGUUACGGGCCUUCCUCCGUCACUCCUCCCUGCUGAGAGCAGCAGCCACACCCAACCUGCCCUCAGCGGCAGCGUACUCAGCUCCUGCCAUCCCUCAGCCACUGACAACCCCUGAUAUUCCCUACACUGGGAUCUUCAUCAAUAAUGAGUUCCAUAAAUCCUUGAAUGGGAAGCAGUUCCCAACUGUCAAUCCAACUACAGGAGAGGUCAUCACUAUGGUGGAGGAGGGUACCAAAGAUGAUGUCGACAAAGCAGUGAAAGCAGCUCGUCAAGCCUUUGAACUCAACUCAGAAUGGCGGCAGAUGGAUGCAAGCGAUCGUGGUCGCCUCCUAUACCGUUUGGCUGAUCUUAUUGAACGUGACAAAGUUUACCUAGCAAGUCUUGAGACCCUUGAUAAUGGAAAGCCCUAUACGAAUUCUUUUGCGGUCGAUGUUGAACUCACCGUUAAAAAUCUUCGCUACUUUGCGGGUUGGGCCGACAAAAUUCAUGGUCAGACCAUUUCUACUGAUGGUCCACACUUUGCAUAUACAAGGCAUGAACCAAUUGGAGUGUGUGGUCAGAUCAUCCCCUGGAACUUCCCUCUUCUUAUGCAGGCUUGGAAGUUUGGACCUGCUCUUGCUACAGGCAACACCAUUGUUAUGAAACUGGCUGAACAGACCCCACUGACUGGCUUGUAUGUGGCUAAACUGGUAGCAGAGGCUGGCUUCCCAGCAGGUGUAGUUAAUGUCAUCCCUGGCUAUGGUCCAAGCGCUGGAGCGGCCAUUGCUUCACAUAUGGAUGUUGACAAGGUUGCUUUCACGGGGUCAACAGAGAUUGGACAUCUGAUCCAGCAGGCAGCUGGAGCUAGCAACCUAAAGCGUGUGACACUGGAACUUGGAGGGAAGAGUCCAAACAUUGUUUUCAAGGAUGCUGAUUUGGACUAUGCUGUUGAACAGGCUCAUUUUGGACUAUUUUUCAAUCAGGGUCAGUGCUGCUGUGCUGGAUCAAGGAUCUUUGUCGAGGAUGGCAUUUAUGAUGAGUUUGUGGAGCGCAGUGUUGAACGUGCCAAGACUCGCAGUGUGGGAGACCCAUUUGAUUUCAAGACUGAACAAGGACCACAGGUGGAUGGAGAGCAGAUGAAGAAGAUCUUAUCCCUUAUUGAAUCUGGCAAGAAGGAAGGAGCCAAAAUGUGUACUGGGGGUAAACGUGUCGGCGAGAAAGGCUUCUUCAUUGAACCUACUGUUUUUGCCGAUGUGAAAGAUAACAUGCGUAUUGCUAAGGAGGAAAUUUUUGGGCCAGUCCAACAGAUCUUUAAGUUUAGUGAUAUUAAUGAUGUGAUAAAACGUGCCAACUCCUCGGAGUAUGGUCUAGCAGCAGCAGUCUUUACGAAGGAUUUGGACAAGGCUAACGUGUUCGUGCAAGGCCUUCGUGCUGGCACUGUCUGGAUUAACUGCUAUGAUGUACUGAAUGCUCAAACUCCUUUUGGAGGCUACAAAAUGUCUGGACAAGGACGAGAGAACUCCGAGUAUGCCUUGCGUAACUACUAUGAAGUCAAGGCUGUCAUAACCAAAUUACCUGUGAAAAAUGCUUGAAGGUAAUGGAAUAUGAAAAGUAAAAGUAUAAACAAGAAAACUUAUUCCUUUAUAUAAAGAACAUACAGAAGUGGAUAAUUAUUUUUUAUAAAGCAGUAAUUUAGUCUUGUCCUGUAUUGCACUUUAUAAAAAAAAAAAAUUGCAAGUUAUUGGUGAUAUUGCUAAGUAAUUAACUACAGUAGUGUGUUAAGAUCCAUUCUAUUUGCAGUGUUAGCAAAUAGUUAUAAAUUUUGUAUUAAGGUGAGACUGCAGUUAACUGGAAAUUUAGGUACAGUAUAACUUUGAAAAGGGGAAAUUGGUGAUUAUGUAAGCUGGCUGGAGCUUAAAGAUCAGCUUUAUUAAGUGGUGAAAAAGUAAUUGCUUUUAAAAUUAUAAUUAAAAUUAUAUUUCCAUUUGCAGACUAAAAACUGAAAUAAUUGCAUGAAUGUGCUAAAAACCAAACAGGUUGAGUGUGGGGGUAGGAAAGGAGUGCACUUGGUCUCUAGUGGAUUUUCACUGAAACCAAGCAAGCAAUGUUGUAGUUUGUUAUAAUCGCAAGGAAGAUCAGUUUAUUAUGAAGUCAACCUGUGUGCUUUUCUAAUUUUCAUACUAUUGGAUAAGUGUAAUUUGUGGCAUUCUGCAAACCUAAAUGAGAGCCCACCUAAAUCUUAUUUUAAAGCUGUGACAGUUGAAUUAAAAUAAUUACAAUUAAA